AAAAGGCUGGCUGGCUGCAAAAGAAUUGGCUUGGAUAAGCUGCAGCCUUGGGGUACGGCCUCGCGUGCGCAAAGCGAUGUUCCGGGUGGGGUGGUUGUUUAAUCCCGUUGCUUUUUGGCAUCGCGACCGACCAGGGCAGGGCAGAGCAGAGCACGCCUCGAGCGGCGCGGCAUGCAUGCCUCCCUCUGCCCCCACGAACCAUGAUGAAGAAACGGCGCACGGAUUCACCUCCGCUUUUCCGCUUCACCCACCACUUCUGUGUUUGCAGUGCUUAUCAUUAUGGAUUGCUAGUGCUUGGGGAGCACUAAUAAUUUCUCGUACAGUUGAAAAAGGCCGACGGCGAUGACGACGGGCCAGCGAUGGCCGUCCCCGGCGCGGUGGAGGACCCGGAAGCGGUGGUCGACGACGUGCACAUGUCCAUCAGGAACAGCACGGCCCGGCGGAAUCUCGGGUACCUGUCGUGUGGGACGGGCAACCCCAUCGACGACUGCUGGCGCUGCGACCCGGACUGGCACAAGAACCGCCAGCGCCUGGCCGACUGCGGCAUCGGCUUUGGCCGCAAUGCCAUCGGUGGCCGCGACGGCAAGAUCUACGUCGUCACUGACCCGAGCGACGACGACGCCGUCAACCCGCGCAAGGGCACCCUCCGCUACGCGGUGAUACAGGACGAGCCGCUCUGGAUCAUCUUCAAGCGGGAUAUGGUGAUCACUCUCAAGCAGGAGCUCAUCAUGAACAGCUUCAAGACCAUCGACGGACGCGGCGCCAACGUGCACAUUGCCAACGGCGCCUGCAUCACCAUCCAGUACGUCACCAACGUCAUCAUCCACGGGCUCCACAUCCACGACUGCAAGCCCACAGGGAACGCCAUGGUGCGCAGCUCGCCCAGCCACUACGGGUGGCGCACCAUUGCCGACGGCGACGCUGUGUCCAUCUUCGGCGCCAGCCACAUUUGGGUGGACCACUGCUCGCUCGCCAACUGCGCCGACGGCCUGAUCGAUGCCAUCAUGGGAUCCACGGCUAUCACUGUGUCCAACAACUACUUCACCCACCACAACGAGGUGAUGCUUCUGGGCCACAGUGACUCCUAUGUAAAGGACAAGGCAAUGCAGGUGACAAUAGCCUUCAACCAUUUCGGUGAAGGCCUCAUUCAGAGAAUGCCAAGGUGCCGGCAUGGUUACUUCCAUGUGGUGAACAAUGACUACACCCACUGGGAAAUGUACGCCAUUGGCGGGAGCGCUGAGCCAACCAUCAACAGCCAGGGCAACCGCUACCUUGCUCCGACAAACCCCUUCGCCAAGGAGGUGACCAAGAGAGUUGAAACGGCUCAGACUGUCUGGAAGAGCUGGAACUGGAGAUCAGAGGGCGACCUCCUGCUGAACGGUGCUUACUUCACCCCAUCGGGCGCAGGCGCCUCAGCCAGCUACUCACGCGCCUCCAGCCUUGGCGCCAAGUCAUCAUCCAUGGUCGGCUCCAUCACCUCCGAUGCCGGUGCCCUGUCCUGCCGCAAGGGUGCGGCCUGCUAGCACACCGCAGAAGAAAACAGACCCCGCCAUGCAGCCUCUCCUACAACAGAAAAGAAACAAGACAACAGAAACUACUAAGCUACCGGAACACCACGGUUACAGUUUUUUUCUUUCUCACUUCUCCUUUCUGGCCACUUUUGACAAGGGUUAUAAGAUGGUCCUUGGCCCUGAUUCACCAUUGCUCAACCUCCCCCUGCUCCCGACAUGGAAAAGGUACCCGGAGCAGGCGUGAAGCGUUGCUGAUUGAUUUUCACCCGUUCGCUCGGUCUCUCUAUUAGUCUUGUGAUCUGAGUGUGGUAUGUUAUUUUACCCGUUCCCCGCCCACAGCAAGUGUAUGUUGAGGUCAGGGGUGCGCACUGUGUUUGUGUGAGUGCGUUGUGUGUUAUACUCUUGGUUGUGCAAAACAGUCAGAUUGUCAGUAGCAGCAGCAGCAGUAGUACUACAUGAUGUGCCUGGACUGGGAUGGAUCUCUGCCCUGUAAAAGACAUGGAAGAAUUGACAUCUUCAUUCUUCUUCAGUGAAAGUGGAAAAACGUAACAGGCCGGAUAUUUUGACUUGGAA